GGGCCGCGGGUGUUGGAGCAGCUGCAGCCGCCCGCGCCGCCCCCUCGGCCGCGGCUUGGGGCGAGCGGAGCGCGGCGGGCAGCUCGCCGCGCGCCGCCUUACGGAGCGGAGCGGCGGCCCGGGAGGCUGCAAAGUUCCCUGCGCGAGCGCAGACAUGCCGGGCAGCGACACGGCGCUCACGGUGGACCGGACUUACUCGGACCCCGGCCGGCACCACCGCUGCAAAACCCGGGUAGAACGUCAUGACAUGAAUACCCUUAGCCUGCCCCUGAACAUACGCCGAGGGGGGUCAGAUACCAACCUCAACUUUGAUGUCCCAGAUGGCAUCCUGGACUUCCACAAGGUCAAACUCAAUGCAGACAUCCUAAAACAAAAAAUCUUAAAAGUAACAGAACAGAUAAAAAUCGAGCAGACAUCCCGUGAUGGGAAUGUGGCAGAGUAUCUGAAACUGGUCAACAGUGCGGACAAGCAGCAAGCUGGGCGCAUCAAGCAGGUCUUUGAAAAGAAGAACCAGAAGUCAGCUCACUCGAUUGCUCAGCUGCAGAAGAAGUUAGAGCAGUAUCACAGAAAGCUCCGGGAGAUCGAACAGAAUGGAGCCUCUCGAAGUGCAAAGGACAUUUCCAAAGACAACCUGAAGGACAUCCACCACUCUCUGAAAGAUGCCCAUGUCAAAUCAAGAACUGCUCCCCACUGCCUGGAGAGCAGUAAAUCAAGCAUGCCAGGGGUAUCCCUCACUCCCCCCGUGUUUGUCUUCAGUAAGUCCCGAGAAUUUGCCAACUUGAUCCGGAAUAAGUUUGGCAGUGCCGACAACAUUGCUCACUUAAAAAAUUCCCUAGAGGAGUUUAGACCCGAGGCAAGCACCAGGGCUUAUGGGGGCAGCGCCACCAUUGUGAACAAACCCAAGUACGGUAGUGAUGAUGAGUGUUCGAGUGGCACAUCAGGCUCAGCUGACAGUAACGGGAACCAGUCCUUUGGGGCUGGUGGGGCUAGCACACUGGAUAGCCAGGGGAAGCUUGCCAUGAUCCUAGAGGAACUGAGGGAGAUCAAGGACACCCAAGCCCAGCUGGCAGAGGACAUCGAGGCACUGAAAGUGCAGUUUAAGAGAGAAUAUGGUUUCAUUUCUCAGACCCUGCAAGAGGAGAGAUACAGGUACGAGCGGCUUGAAGACCAGUUGCAUGACCUGACGGACCUGCACCAGCACGAGACAGCUAACCUGAAGCAGGAGCUGGCCAGCGCUGAGGAAAAAGUGGCCUAUCAGGCCUAUGAGCGCUCUCAAGACAUCCAGGAAGCCUUGGAAUCUUGCCAGACUCGUAUCUCUAAGCUGGAGCUACACCAGCAGGAGCAACAGACCCUGCAGACAGACGCCAUGAAUGCCAAGGUGCUGCUGGGAAAGUGCAUCAAUGUGGUCCUGGCCUUCAUGACCGUCAUCCUGGUGUGCGUGUCCACCCUUGCCAAGUUCAUCUCACCCAUGAUGAAGAGCCGCUUCCACAUUCUUGGCACCUUCUUUGCUGUGACAAUUCUUGCAAUAUUUUGUAAAAACUGGGACCAUAUUUUAUGUGCCAUAGAAAGGAUAAUAAUACCAAGAUGAGCCACUGGUUUCUGCCUUCACAUUCUCUCAAGUUUUUAUUUUGAAGAAAACUGUGCAUACUACCAAAUUUUUGAAUGAACAGAUGUGCCAAAGAUGGCAAGACGGACUGGAGUUGUGUCGUAUAAAUAAUAACGAUUCCUUUAACUCAGUAGCGGUUGCCAGUGCAGUCCCUAUAUUUGGUUAUACUUGGUUAUGAAAUUGUCUCAGAACUCUCCCCAUAUUGCUCACUGCCUUAAUCAGAGCAGACUUCCCAGUCACCUGGCGAGUCCGGCAUGGUAAAGCCCUGUUUAUUGAAAACUCUGCUAUAAUUAGUGACCCAGAGGAAAUGGGCCUCCCUCUCUUUCCCAUGAAUCUCUAUCAUAUUGAGCUUCAUGAUUGCUAAUGAACACGAUGUUCUCCUUGAGUCCCGUAAACGGCAGAAAUAGACAUGAUUCAAGGACAUGAACAAACACAAGCUCUAACAAUAUUGAGCCCUUGGGGCCUGUGAAAGCACAGUGCAUCUCUCUGUGAUCCACCCUGCUUGUCCACAGGUAACUCUCUGUCCCAUUAUUCACAUGUGCCCAGUGUUCACAUUGGUCAGUUAUGUGUCCUCAUAACAUGGAAACCUUACACCUGCUUACCUAACAGAAGUCUGCCUGACAGGUAGGAUUGCACUUUAGACAGUAAGACACUGGGAUUUACAUAUGGGCUUUCCCCUUCAUAUGCCCAGGGAACCACACCUCUGAUUUUUGUCUUAUCUGGUCAGCAAUGCCCUGCCUUCAGAGCAUGCUGCAAUGCUUCCAGGCCCUUGUCGAACCGUGGCUUUGUUAACAUGGGGUCCCCUGAGCACUCCCUGUAGAGGCUUGUGCUCUGGCAAAUCUUAACUGUGAUAAAUCCCUUUUGCGGAUAGGAUGCACUUUAUGCAAUUCACUUUACUCACAGGUCUGUGAAGAUCAGAUUGCAAAGCUUGCUCAGGAAAUGAAAACAAACAAUGCUCGUGUUGCCGGGUCCCCCCCCCCGCCCCUUGAAGGACAACCGAAUCAAACUUUAUAAAGCUUAUAUGUAGUGAGGCAGAACACUGGAGACCAGGAAGAUGUGGCCGACCUUUGGUACAAUCAAAUGGUAGCUAGAUUAGUGGGAGUCCUUCACCUAGGUAGGGAUUGGGAAGGCCCACAUAGGGACAGAGAAGUCAGUAAGAAUAAAGUUAAGUCCAGUGUUGAACCUGGGGUUACCAUCUGUCUCUUAGGCUCAUACUGAGACAAGUUCUGAGGUAACAGGAUAAGCGAACUGCUGCUGAGUGGAAAGUCUGGUAGAGCUGCGUCUUGGGCCUGCUUGGGGACUGCCAUUUACUGCCGCAUUUGGAUCUCUUGUGUACACAUCAAAAAGGAGUAUGGAGGAGAUUGUAGUGGAAGCUGUAGGCCAGCCCCAGAUCCUCCCACCCAACAUCCGCUGAAGGUCUAAAGACACUGUUAACAUGUUUACUUUGAUCUAGAAACACUCUCUCCUAGAUUUAAAUUAGGUAUAAUCACUUGUAAAUGACUGUUCUUUGGAAAAUCACUUGAGGGGAAAAUGCGCCACAGUUUAGUACAAGUUCAAUGUGAGUGAGUGAGGCUCAAACAACUCUAUCCUUUUUUUUCUUCCAACUUUUUCUAAAAGUAUAUAAUUCAGUAGUCUUAGUAAAUUCACAAACCGUUCAGCCAUUACCCCCAACCAGUUCCAGAAAAUAAUAUGCAUCACUCCAUGAAAUGAAAAGCAUUUUGGAAUCAGGAAUGAGGGCAUUCCCAGCCCCAGCCCUGUCUUAUGGCUAUGUCCCCACCCCUGGGCCAGCUGAAGGUUCCAGAGCCAAGCAGGAAGGGAGGGAGAAUGGUGCUCUUUCCUUUGCUCUUGCCCCCUAACCUGUAGGUCUCAGACUCAGCUCACACACUUAAGGCAAGCUGGGCCCUGCUGGGCUUCAUAUUUGUGAAUUUUUCCAAGGGGCACUUUGGACAUGCCAGGGCCUGGGGUGGGUGUGCGUGCCACUGGUUGUUUAGAGGAUGAAUAAGAUGGCUGGCCUUUGAAGAAGAGGUGGGCCUGAUUCAUGCCAGCACACCCCUACCUGUUGCUUCUCCUUGGUGAGAGAGUAGGGAAGAAAGUUGCAAGCCGCACACUCCAUACCCUCCAGUCUGAGCUAUUAACAUAAUCUGGUAGAAACUGGCUCCAUUCUGAAAUAAAGAAGGGGGCAUCUGAAUCAUUCAACUGAUCAUGAAUUCCUUCCAAAGAACUCAGCUUUCCAUGGACGUCCAUUAAAUAUCAAAUCACCUUGCUUCACUUAGGUAUGCUCGGCCUAUGUUGCAUACUUCUUUUAGUCUUAUGGAAAGUUUAUAAAACUUUUUAUUUUUUUAUUAAGAUUGUGUACUUCAAGGAGACUUUUACUCUGCAGUUUAUUCUCUGAAGGAUAUACCUCCUGCCUCUUGCUCUCUUGAGCAUAUGACUUAUACACUGAAAAAAUGAAUGAUACAGCUGUGACAUAUCCUGGAAUUGGGUGUUUGAUUUACAUUCAAGCCAACUGGUCUUGUCUUGCACUUUCCAUUGGUAGGCAACAUCUCGCAUACCUUGUGAUGAAAACCAGUUGUUAGAUGGAUCAGCAGGAACUUUAGUGAGGGAUUCAAGAUGCUGGACUUUGCAUCUUUGAGGACAUCAUGAUCAGUCACCAGGACAGUGAUUGUUGGAGACGGAACAGAAACUUUAAAAUGCUAAAAAUAGUAAAUAUUAAAAAUAUUCUCUCUGUGGGGUUUGAAUUGGUUUUAUUUCAGCUUAUAUUUUGUGUAUGAUUAACGUAGAACAAAAACUUCUCUCUCCACCCUCCAAAGAAAUACACAUACAAUGAAGUGACAUCAGGAAGUGUUCUGUGGCUGGUUUUGGUUGGUGAACGCAGGAUUCACCACUCCCUGUUCCUGGCAUGUAGCGUUGGCAGUUUUCAGCCCACAAUGCUCUUGUCAGUUCAUGUCCAUGCACGUCAGCGCUUCUGUCGCUCUUUCAUUUAUGUCUUGCCCCCUGUGUGUAUUUACUUCCCUGCUGCUUCUCUAGCGUGUCAGGUCUAAUUACACGUUGGAACAUGGUAAGGGAACUAGUUUCCCUCAGGCAACUAAUUACUUUUAUCCUUUUGGGUUGAAUUUUGAAUACCAAAUUAUUUUGCGUUGAAUAGGAAUUUUUUUUUAAUCUACCAAAUCCAGGUCUCACUAUUUCAUUUUGGAAACACAGAUAUGUUUAUUGAUAUGGACAUGUAUGGUUAAACAACCUGCUUUGCAUGUUUCUUUAAUUCUGAGCUUGGAGUGGAGUAUGAAUAUAUGGCAGUUGUUAAAAUUGAGGGCUUAUUUGGAGAAGUGAUUCAAGGUUAGCAGGUAACAUUUUAGGGGUCUAAAAAGACAAUAAUGAAAUUGGCCUGUUUGUAUCAAGAACAGAUAAAGAGCUUAAAAAAAAGUGUCAUUAGCAGGACCUGGAUAAAUCAUUAAAAAUAAAGCAAAACUAUUAAUUUUCUGAAGUAAAUACAAUUCUCUGCCUAUAAGAAGCUGGAAAGUAAUGUACCCUUGAUUGUUUUAGGAAUGGUUUAUGUGUUGCUGUUUUCACAUAUUUCAAGCAUGUCUACUGUGUCCUAAAAGAAAACAUUUCAACUAAACAUGCUCUGAGAUUAAGAUGCUUUGAGGCAGUGGUAGCCCUGUAAAUGUAAGAAACAGGAGAUGCUGAUUGUGACAUCUGUUGCAGAUUUCCCAUUUUGGGGAAUGCUAUGUAGUUUUGUAUCAGCCUAAAAUUGUAAUUUCUUUGUAGAUCUUCUCCCAUGGUGGUGUCAUCAAUGAAUUCAAAGCAGGUGCCAUUAUUUUUUAAACACUUGAUGUUUGCUUUGGUGUUAAAUAAAAGAGUUAGAUUUCUUAAAUUUU